GAAGGAAAGAUUUGGAUCCCAGUUUCCCGAGUCAAAUUCUGAGCCUUUGCGAAGAAUCUGUAGGAUGCUGGAAAUGGUUACUGAAUUAUAGUGGCUUGCUUGAGAUGAGACGAUUUCUUACACUUUGUGAAAAGGAAGAUUCUGGAGAAGCUUUGAUUUAAGAAAUGCUUUGUGUUUUUGAGUUGGGGUGGUGGUGGAGAUCUGGUAAACCCACAUUUUUCUGCUGUCAUCCAGGCUGAAUUAGAUGACCUAAAUAUGGAGCACAGAGUCUCUAAUUGUCUCACAUGCCUUUCAGCAGCGUGUUAUUAACAGCAUGACUGGUUCUUUUGUUUGUGCCUUUCAUUUUUGACAGAUACUGAAGGAGCCUUCAACGUGGUAGUUUAUGUACUUUUGAUGUCAAUGAGAAUCUGUACAAGUUCGCUGUAUUCAUGUUUUGAAAUGCUGACGAAAUCCGACAUUAAUUCUAGAGGAGAACCGGGGAAGUCAGUGGGGCUUAGUUUAAUUACGACUAAUAGGUCCCAUUCCUUUAAAUGCAUCUGCUUGAGGAAGCACUAGUGUUAGAUUUUGCCCCUAACUUUGUAAUACGCAUUUGUGGUGUUGAUGUUUAUUUAUGCGUCAUUCUAUAGAUUCCUAUUACUGGCCAUUGUAUGUCUAAAGAUGACUUGUUAGAACUAAGUCCAUUGAGUUCCGCAGGAUUUAUUGCCUACUUGAACCUUCAGCAGAUUGGCCAUGCUAUCACAGCUAAGAAGCUUAGAUUGCUUGUUGAUGGCUUCCCAAAUCCAAUCCCAGUCACUACACUCCAGGUUAUGCUUACUGGGAAGAUGGAGGCUGGUGGAGGAGCUGGCUACAGCAAAGCCUGCAAACGGUCAAAGAGAAGUCCACCGAGGCCUUGGAGUUCAUGAAGCGCGACCUGACAGAGUUCACCCAGGUGGUCCAGCAUGACACUGCCUGCACCAUCGCGGCCACAGCCAGCGUGGUCAAGGAGAAGUUAGCUACGGAAGGUUCUUCGGGAGCAACGGAGAAAGUGAGGAAGGGACUCUCCAACUUCCUGGGCGUCAUUUCAGACACGUUUGCGCCUUCGCCGGAUAAGACCAUCGAUUGUGAUGUCAUCACACUGAUGGCCACCCCGUCUGGCACAACAGAGCUGUAUGACAGUGCCAAGGCCCGCCUCUACAGCCUUCAGUCUGAUCCAGCCACCUACUGCAAUGAACCUGACGGACCCCCUGAGCUCUUUGAGGCCUGGCUGUCGCACUUCAGCCUGGAAGAGAAGAAAGGGGAGAUCUCAGACCUCCUCGUGAACAGCCCUUCCGUUCGCGCCCUCUACUCCAAGAUGGUGCCGGUGGCCGUGUCCCACUCUGAGUUCUGGCAACGCUACUUCUAUAAGGUCCAUCAGCUGGAGCAGGAGGAGUUCCGGAGGGAGGCCUUGAAGCAGCGGGCUGAGCAAAGCGUUCACGUGGAGGAGCCAGGCUGGGAGGAAGAAGAGGAGGACUUUCUUGGGUCAUCGUCCCCCCAAACCCACGUCCCCUUGCAGCCCCUCCAAGAAAGGAAGCCGGCUUCUCCCAGUUCUGCAGCCGUCGUGGCACCGACCCUGGAGGCCUCGGGGGAAAGCUGGGCCAUGCUCGGUGCCGCCACAGCCGAGGCCACCCCCUCCGAAAGCAGCGACAGCGUCUCCUUGGCCACCCAGAUCAUCAGUCCUGCUGCGGUGCCCGCCACGCCCUCACAGACUGGAACCCAGCUCUCUGGGGCCGGAGAUCUCUCCCAGCGGCUGCAGGAAGCCUCCGCGGAAGAGCAGGCCUCCUUGCCAAAACCCCCAGAGCCAGCCCGGCCCUCGCCGCCGGCGCCGCCGGAGGCCAAGCCUUCUCCAGAGCAGCCCAAGGCUCAAGCAGAGGCCAAGCCGGCAAGCAGGGUGGAGGCCCUGCGAGAGGACGGGGCAACCAUGGACCUGCGCCUCUUUGAGCUCAACUCGGACAGCGGGAAAUCCACGCCCUCCAACAACGGGAAGAAAGGCUCCAGCACGGAUAUUAGCGAGGACUGGGAGAAGGACUUUGACCUUGACAUGACUGAAGAAGAAGUCCAGCUGGUCCUGUCCAAGGUGGACAUCUCAGGCGAGAUGGAGGAUGAAGAAUGGGAGGACUGGGAAUAGCCAAAGGGCCCUCGCCUCGCCUCCCCUCCCCUCCCAUGGUGCAUCCUGGGUUCCUGCCUUGAUGCCCCACCCCUUUCCACCGCAUCCAAUGUGAAUUAAAUCACAGAGCAACCGGUUCCUUUUCCCUGUGUACCUGGUGUUCCGGUCAGGCUCCAUCUCAUCUUUGCUGAAAUCCUGCUGGGCACCAUGGAC